AUGUGGUACGACUCACUCAAGGACAACGAGCCCUUAGAGCUCUCUCAAGUAUGCUUGGCUCUUUCAUAUCAGCCCCAUUUCCAGUACUGCGCUUGGAAUGAUUCAACAGAACAUGUCAACUACUCACUUGCGCAUGUACCUUACAUGGCCAAUUACCUAGAAGACGAGCAAACAUCUUUUACAGCUCAACAGCAACAGCUGGAUUCGAACACAAAUUUGAGCUGCAGUCCUGAGGGAAAGAAUGCGCUAGUUACCAAAAUUCAUAUUCUUUGUUCCGAAAAUGAGAUGCUAAACGAGAAAAUAGAAGAACAAAAACGUCGAAACAGAUUACUUCAGCAGCACAUUGACGAAGUGCAAGAGCAGUUGAACGCGGUUAAACAAAACACCGCUAAACUCCGCAAUGAAUGCCAAUCUUUGGAUGAAACAUUUGAAAGUAUCUCCAAGCACCUCGACCAAGAGACAAGAGAAUUGACCGCGGCCGUGGCGAAAAAGAGAAGCAGGAUUUCAGAGUUUAAAGUUGAUGCUGAGUUGGUGGGGACUCUGCGAGAGGAGAAAGACAGAUCUGUUUCGGAAAUCGUGCGCCUCCGUAAGGACGUCAUGGAUGCUGGCAUAGACGUUAAUAAUCUGACGGUUAAAUUCCAAUAUGAACUUGGGAAAAUGGUUAUAUUUCCCUUCUGGAAACUGGAAGGGGAAAUUGAUAAAGUUCUCCAAAGAUGUGUCGAAAAUUCCACUCUUAAAGAAAGCAGCAGUGAGCAAGUUGUCGAUGUUGGGAACGGUCUCUACCAUCACGGAAAGUCUGCGACAGGUUCCGAAGAAAACUCAGUGCAAAAUUCUGAAGAUAAAUCAAAUAGAGACUCAAAAGAAGAAUCAGAAGAAAUCUCGGCGGAAAAUUCAGAAAAUAAUCAGUUGCAGCAGUGCUCAAAAGAGAACUUAAACGAUAACUGUGGGGACAGCUUCAGAACCGAUGAGAGCUCAGAUACAUCACAAAUAACCGUCUUAAAAGUACACAUGCUGGGGAAGGGUGAUAGCUCCGUCGACAGAAGUUCAACACUUACCAAUACUGUUUCAAUCCAGUCCACUUUUUCAUCUUCCCAUGAAGGUUGUGCGGAAAAUGGCUGCGAAUUUGUCGAGGAUUUGUCAUUUUCCCACAAAGAUGCACCAAAGAAGAACCUCAAAUCCAGUCGCCUUGCUCGUAAGUUACGGUUCUUGCGUUGUGUCCCAAAACGAAAUGAGGAAAACUGA